AUGUUUAAUCAAGCUCCAAUUUUACAUGAACUCAAACGUGAUGAUCAAUCAAUUUGUCAUCUGCCAAAACAACAUGUCAUUAUGCAAGUGGGUAAAUCACGUUUAGAAACUAUAAAAAAAAUGGUGCAAGCUAAUUCCAAUCAAGAUUCACAAUCUGCAGACUCACCAAUCAAAGAAGAUUCAUUCGAAAGAGUAGAGUAUUCUGAAGAAGAAACCGAAACUAAACCAGUUGAAUCAAGUUCAUCUAACAACGUUGAAGAGGAAACUAACCAAUCUCCUUCUUCAACCUUGUUGGAGGAAAAUUAUCAAAAACUGAAUUCGAAAGUUGAACUGUGCAUUGCUCGCUCAGAACAGAUUGAAUCUCUUAAAGACCAAGUUGACCAAUUGGAAGAUCAAUAUCCAUCAUUUGAUGAACUGCAACAUGAAAAGGAAAAACUGGAGAGAAGAGUUGAUGAAAAGAUGGAAAAAUCAGAACAUGCUGUCAUGGAGCAUGUCAGUGUGGCAUUUGAUGGGUUGAAACAGAAAAUUGAACAAGAACAAAUUCAAAUUUCUACAAAUGUGAAAGAUGUAGAAAAUAAUUUGAAGAAGGAAAUUGAAAAUAUAGAGAGCUCUCUAUCAAACAAGUUUACGGGAAAGAUUCAAGCUUCUGAAGAUGUUAUUUUACAGCAUGUUUCCAAGUUAGAAGAUCAAUUACAAGACAAGUUGGUUAGACAAUCGAAAGAAUUUAAAGAUAAUCAAGAAUUGAUUGCAAAUGAGGUUAAAAGAGAAAUUUCUGACAAGAUUGAGAAUUCAGCAUUGAACUUGGAGAAACAGAUUCUAAAGAUUUCUAAUGAUAUCGAGACUAAAGCAUUAGAAUCACAACAAGCAUUGAAUAAUAGUUCAGAAUCUUUAUCAACCGAAAUAGAAAGUGUUAAGACUCUUGUUGAGAACUCAAAAGAAAAGUUCAAUAACAUUGAUGAAAAUCUCAAAGCCAUUGCAGAAAUCAGGAAACAAUUACAAGAAUCCAAGGAUAAUUUUUCCAAAUUUACCAAUAGAAUAAUGUGGUUCUUUUGUAUUCUUGUUGCCUUAAUAGCAAUUGUGUUAUUCAGAGUGAUUCCUUCAGAAAGCACCAUUAGAUAUGUGGAAAAACCUGUUGCUCCAUUGAUAAGAAAAUGCCAAUGUAGCCAAUCUGGUACUAAUUCUCAGCAGGGAAAUAUCUUAGCAGAUGCCAAACCUCAAAGAGAUUCAAAACUUGAUUUUGUAAUCAAUGCCAAAAUUUCCAUUUUCGGACAAGGACACAAUCAUGACAAUCAAGAAGAGUUAUUGGAAUUUUUAGGAGAUAUUAUUCCAAAUGUUCAAUUUACUAGCAAUAUGGGAGAAAAGUAUGACAUGAAUAUUGUAAUGAAAAAUGUUGGAAUUAGAAGAUUGGAGGAAGACAUUUCGUUUGUUGAUUGGAAAGAAUUUGAAAGGAAAUUACCAGUUCCACAACCUACAUUGUUUCUAUUCGUUCAUAACGUUGAAAGUAUUCCAGCCAAUCCACUUGCUUUCUUAUUAAGAGACUAUAUUAGGAAGUUUCCACUUUCAUCAUAUGUUGCUGAGAUUAGUUAUGAUACAGGAAUCAAGAGUUUCCAAACAUUGGAAUUUGAUUUGAAAGAACAUAUCAAAUCAAUUGUUUCUGAUUUGAAAAAAAACAAAAAAGUAAAAUAAAUUUCAAAUUAAAUU